AAAACUAGAAAAUUAAAAACAUAUAGCAAACCCUAUAUUUUUGGCUGAUGUGUUCUUCCAAGAAUGCGUUCGAUUUGAUCCGGAAAAUCAAAAGAUCCAACGGAAAAAAUACAGGAAAUAUAGCCGAUCAUUAGAUUCGACUUGCCCUGAAUCUAGUGGAUUUAACGUUGAAGAGAUUUUUUAGGUGGCCACUGGACCACCCGGGCCCACCUUUAGUUCCGCCACUGGUUCACAACAACAUUUUGCUGAGUUAAAUUCAGAGAAGAAAAAGCAAAGAUACACACUGGGGUUCUGUGAAUUUAGAAUACUUCAGGUUCUGCUGUUGAUUUGUCUCAGAUUGCACUGAUUGCAGUUUCUUGCAGUCAAAACAAAAUUCCAUUAAACAGCCGACGUUAUCGUUUUUUGUCACUUCUUUUGUGCGCUGAAAAAGGAAAGGUGCAAUGGCUAGGGCAACUGAUCAGGAAACGGAUGCAUUCAUUUAUGCGAUUGAAAAAGGAGAUUUAAAUGGAGUUCGGAGUUACGUAUCAAAAAAGUUUAACUUAAAUUUCACUUAUCAGUGGAAAAAAUAUGAUCGUAUGUAUUUGACACCACUUAUGGUCGCUAUAAAUGCGAAAAAAAUCGAUGUAAUAGAGUAUUUAAUAGAAAACGGUGCCGAGGUUAAUUAUAAAACUAGAGGCGUAUGUGCACCUUUACACUAUGCAAUUUACAAACAGUGUCCACUAGAUAUUGUAAAGCUGCUUAUAAAUAAUAAUGCAGAUGUAAAUUUACUUGCAAGAUAUAAAUAUUAUUUGGAAAAUAUAAAAUUCACACCAAUUUGGUUAUCCAUUAUGGAAGCUUAUUUUGAAGCUGCUAAACUUCUAAUUAGUUCAGGAGCUGACAUGUGUUUAAAGAAUUCUGAUGGAACAACUGCUCUAACCCUUGCUCAAAAAUAUAAUCUAACAGAAAUAUUGGAUUAUUAUUUUACACCUCUUGGAUACGCAAUUUUUACCAAAAAAAUAGAUCAAGCCCGAAAACUUUUAGAAGAUGGUGCUGAUGUCUGUAACAAGGGUGCAAGUAACAAAACCCCUCUUGUGCUAGCUGUUGAACAGGGUAAUUUAGAAGCAGUCAAACUUUUAUUCGAAUUUGGAGCAGCUUUAACGAUGCAAAAUGCUUUAUUGGAGGCCAUAAAUGUGGGUAAUGUGGAGAUAAUUAAUUUUUUCAUUGAAAAUAAUGUUGCAAUUAAUUGCAAAUAUCGAGACGGAAUCACACCUCUAAUCAGAGCUGUGCAGAAAAGAAAUUUCGAAGUGGUCAAGAUUUUAGUCGAAAGUGGUGCCGACGUCAAUUUUACAGAUGGUCAAGGUUUUUAUCCACUGUUUGACGCCUUGAAGCUUGACGACUGCGAAAUUGCCAAGUAUUUAAUAAGCAAGGGAGCGAAAAUGGAUUGCAAAUGUCUGAUGCAAGAUCAUUUUCAAUGUGUCAAGAAUCUAAUGAAGAUGGAAGUUGAACUGAAGAGCGUUUUUUUGGGCAAUUUCGAAACUUCUACUUUGCUCAAAGCUGUUGAAACUGGAAAUCUACUUUUUGUUAAGUAUCUUUUGGAACAAGGACUUUCUACAAAGUUGUACGAUAAAAAUGGAAAAAAUCCUCUUGCCGUAGCUGCAAAAAAUCGCAGUUUCCCAAUUGUUGCGAUUUUAAUCUAUGCUGGUGCUGAUGUUGAUUCAGCCAAAGAAGAAUUGGAGGAAUUUGCCAAUGAAAAUGACGACUUUUAUCUUUAUUAUCAGGAUUUGAAACCAAGGACUAAACCCAAAUCUCAAGGUCUUGGUGAGGGACUUCACGAAGCUUCAGAAUAAACAGUGGGCUUUAUACGAAGAUAAUAUUACUUUAAACGUUUUCGAGUUUUUUGUUCUUUAGUUUUUUUAAUGAGAAAACCAUUUUCAUUUUGUAUUACCUACACAUUAACAAUAAAUAUUCAUUAAGCAGU